UCCCGUGCAGGCGGCUGCGGCGAAGGAGCUGAGCUGAGCCCGCCCCGCUGGACGCGGCCCGGCAGCCGAGCAGGAGGCGGCGGGGGGCCGGGGCCAUGGCGGAGACCAGCUCCGUGCACGCCACCAGGUUCGAGGCGGCCGUGAAGGUGAUCCAGAGCCUGCCCAAAAAUGGUUCAUUCCAGCCAACGAAUGAAAUGAUGCUCAAGUUCUAUAGCUUUUAUAAGCAAGCAACCCAAGGACCCUGUAACAUUCCACGACCUGGAUUUUGGGAUCCCAUUGGUAGAUAUAAAUGGGAUGCUUGGAGUGCCUUGGGAAACAUGUCCAAAGAAGAAGCCAUGAUAGCCUAUGUUGAAGAAAUGAAAAAGAUUCUUGAGAGUAUGCCAAUGACGGAAAAAGUUGAAGAAUUACUUCAAGUAAUAGGCCCAUUCUAUGAAAUAGUAGAAGAUAAAAAGAACAGAGGAUCUGACCUAACCUCAGUUCAAAUGGAGAAAGUCUCUAAGUAUUUGGAAGACCUCAGUAAUGUCAUGAAUUCCACUUCAAAUAUAAAGGCUGUAAAUGGAAAAGCUGAAAGUAGCGACAGUGGAGCGGAAUCAGAAGAAGAGGGGCUUCGUGAAGAAGAAGAAAAAGAACUGCAGAUAAAUGGAAAGGGUGCAAGUGAAGACAAUACUGAAGAGAUCUCAGCAACUCAGCACUUAACCAGUGAUUCAGACAGUGAAGUUUAUUGUGACUCUAUGGAGCAACUUGGACUAGAAGAGCCCUUGGAGAUCAUCACAUCAGCUAAAGGAUCUUUAAAGCAUUCAUCCCAUUUCUUGGAUGUAGAUCACAGUCUUCUAUUAGAAAAUAUGGAUUUUCCAAGGCGCACUUGCAUGACUUACGGGAAUCUCCAAUCUGGAAAUACUGGAGAGGGAAUAGCUGAAGAACAAGGUGAAGUCAAAUGUGGAGGAGAAGAUGGCAAAGCCGGUAAUGGGGGCCCUCACAAGGAGAAAAAAGGUGGAGAAAAAGCAGAUUUCUACAGUGUCAGAAGAGGGAGAGGGCAUAGACUUCAGCCUUUAGGAGACGGUUCCCAGGGUGGCCAGAUGGGUAGUGGAGGGGACGGUGAGCGCUGGGGAUCCGACAGGGGACCCCGGGGAAGCCUCAAUGAGCAGAUUGCAGUGGUGCUGAUGCGGUUGCAAGAAGACAUGCAGAAUGUCCUCCAGAGGCUGCAUAUGCUGGAGGCAGUUACAGCAUCACAGGCAAAAUCUGCAACACCACAGUCAAAUUACCAGCCCGCCUCCUCUGUCAAGAAACCAUCAUGGUGGCCCUUUGAAAUUUCUCCUGGUAUUUUAGCUUUUGCUAUUGUAUGGCCGUUUAUUGCCCAGUGGUUGGUACAUGUGUAUCUUCAAAGAAAGCGAAGAAAACUGAACUGAGAAUUCAUGGCUUUGCAUAAGGACUUCUAGGAGAAGAUGGCCCUGGAAAGCAAAGGAAUUCUGAAUUCUCAUAGAAUGUCAGAAUCUGGGAUGAUAUUCCUUAUGUUACAGUAAUAAUUUGUACUACCUUUGAGCUAAACAUUUAAGGACUAAUAUUAUUGAAACUUGAAUGAUUCACAGCUCCUAGGUUGCAAAUAAAUUUAAUAAUUCCAUCCUCAAAACCAUACGAACAUUAAUUAUUUUGGAAUGUGCUUGUGGAUGGGCCUUCAGUAAUUACUGGCCUUGCUGAUGUCAGCUGAGGAAGAGAAUAACAUCUCUGUAAAAGAAUAAGUUAAAAAUAUGUAAAACUAUCACUUUAACAUAAAAAUAAUUUUACAAUCCCAACUUCCCUGCCUGUUUUUCCACAGGGUUACAUAAUACCAGGUGAAAGCUCUAAUAAAGUAUGAAUCCAAUACGUUGCAAGCUGUUGGAAAUAUACAAUAUAGCUCUGAGGAAUCUACUGGUUAUUUUUUGCUGCUAAACAAGUGUGGGGCAAAUUUCCACGUAAAUUGGUCAUAAAUGAAGUUGAAUCCUUUACUUAUCCUGUAAAAUUGUAAAGGCAAUUUGGGAAUUUGUAUAUGUUCUGAAAGUUAGAGCCAUUAAUAACAGGUGACUGUCAAAUACAAGUCUGGAAACAGUGUGUGGUACAAGGGAUCCAUGUAAAGAGGAGGCUGCACCUUAUCUUUUUAACUUUGAUAAUUGUACUCUUGUUGACAACAGUUUAUUUUAACUGAAAUACAUAGUUUAGGCACAAGGUGCUUUAAAAUGAGAUGAAAACUAGCUCUGUAAGUCUAUCUCUAAGCUUUUAAAAAGCUCAGUGCACUCUAAGUUUUCUGUUGUCAGGUUGUAUUAAAUUGAAGUAAGAUUUAAUCCAUUGUGGACUUUUCUCAAGUCACAUCUUGAAAAAUACCAAUUCUGGUAUUUCUCUCUUACCCUUCUACUUACUUUCAAAACAAAACUAUUCAGCUAAUUUUGGUGCUGAUAUUUCCCCCUCCCCCCCAAAGUAUUUAUUAACCAAUAUACAGAUAAGAGUUACAGUUCUGUCAAGUUUGCUUGACUAAAGCAUGCUUUACACUUGAUUUUAAAAUAAAUUAAUAUAUAAGUUGUCUAAAUCUCUGGAAAAGGCAAAUGCACUAAAAUUAGAUUUGACAGAGAACUUAAUAAUUGCUAUAAGAAUUAUACCACAACAUAAUCCAUGGUUAAGCUCUGAAUCUUCAGAAACUUCAUGAUUAUUGAUGAACUUUCAUUCUCCACCUGGACUACAUAUUACAAAUAAUUUUUAAGGAAAGUUUUUUUGUCCUUCCUGAAAAUCUUUUAUAGUUUGGAAAACAUUUUUCAUACAAGCUAUACUGUAUAAAAAUGUAAUCAGAGAAUUUAAUGUUUGUUUUACCAGAGAAAUUUUAAUCUUUUUAGUUACACGCAGGGUUUUUUUUAGUUACAUUUCCCCUCUUCUGAUUUUCUUACUGUAAAGCUGAAUUAAAAAUUAAAUAAAAUGGUUGUAAUCUCUUUGAAGACUGCUGUAACAGUUAGAUGGUUCUGUGUGCCAGAGAUGAGUUUGUGGCAUGAGAUACCCUGAAAACUCAGGUUUGAACAAAGCUUAUCCUGGAAGGGAAGUGCUGCUGUGACCUGAAGCCCUUGUGCCCAAGCUUAAAGUUUCUAGAGUGAUUGACUUUUUACCACAAAAGAUAUAAAUCAUACAGGAAGGAUAGUCUAGCUUGAAGGUCACAUGAAAAAUAACCCCCCUGUCCUGUCUUCUGCCAGGACAAAGCACCCUGGAGAGCCUCCCUGGCUCAGAGCUGUGUUACACAUAGAUAUCAAGCUCUUAGAGGUGGGACAAACAUUCCCAAAGGUACUUAAUUGUUAACUUCCCACUGAAAUAAAUGUGGGCUUGUACUAUCCUUGUUAUUUAUUCAUGUUUCAAUAAAUCAAUCCCUUAAUAUUUUGUAUUUUAUCUUGAACUUUCUUAAUGUUUACUAAAUGGCGUACAUUGGAUGCUGGGACUGUACAGAAGAGCCUGCUGGCUGUGUCAUGAAGAAUCGGUCUCAACCUUAAAAGUUGUAAUACAAAACAACAUCACUUUUAUAACAAUUUACUUGUAACUCAGAACUGGGCCUCAGCCUCUAGGGUUAUCUCAAACUCACUGAGACUGGAACAGAUUCCUAGUUAACUGGUAUUUCAGAUUAAAGUUAAGAAAACU